UUUAAGUAUAUAAGCUAACUGCGAACCUUUAAAAGCAGUAAAGAAUCAGAUUCAAACGUUGUUAACAAACUCUCUUAAAAAUUACAAAUUACACUUUAAAGCUUCAUUUUUAUUUAAUUCUGUGCCCUAUUUAAUACUUCAUCAUGAGUAAAACUCCUGCAAUCGGUAUUGAUCUUGGUACAACUUACUCUUGUGUUGGUGUUUUCCAACAUGGAAAAGUUGAAAUUAUUGCAAAUGACCAAGGAAAUCGUACAACACCUAGUUAUGUUGCCUUCACUGAUACCGAAAGGUUAAUUGGUGAUGCUGCCAAAAAUCAAGUUGCUAUGAAUCCAUCUAACACCGUGUUCGAUGCUAAAAGGUUGAUUGGUCGACGAUUCGAUGAUGCCACCGUUCAAGCUGAUAUGAAACAUUGGCCAUUCAAAGUCGUCAAUGAUGCUACUAAACCUAAAAUUUCUGUCGAGUUCAAAGGUGAAUCUAAAACCUUCUGUCCAGAAGAGAUCUCAGCCAUGGUUCUCACCAAGAUGAAGGAAACCGCCGAAGCAUACUUGGGUAAGCCUGUUACCAAUGCUGUUAUAACUGUACCUGCUUACUUCAAUGAUAGUCAAAGACAAGCUACUAAAGAUGCCGGUACUAUUGCUGGUUUAAAUGUUAUGAGAAUUAUUAACGAGCCAACUGCAGCAGCUAUUGCAUAUGGUCUAGACAAGAAAGGUGGUGGUGAAAAGAACAUCCUGAUCUUUGACUUGGGUGGUGGUACUUUUGAUGUAUCAAUAUUAACCAUUGAAGACGGUAUUUUUGAAGUUAAAUCAACUGCUGGUGAUACUCAUCUUGGUGGUGAAGACUUUGAUAACAGAAUGGUCAACCACUUCAUCGAAGAAUUCAAAAGGAAACAUAAGAAGGAUAUUACAUCCAACAAACGAGCUGUUAGGAGAUUAAGAACUGCUUGUGAACGAGCAAAGAGAACCUUAUCCUCAUCUACUCAAGCCAGCAUUGAAAUCGACUCUCUUCAUGAAGGUAUCGAUUUCUACUCAACAAUCACUAGAGCUCGUUUCGAAGAACUCUGCUCAGACCUGUUCCGAUCAACAUUGGAUCCAGUCGAGAAGGCUCUUCGUGAUGCUAAACUAGACAAGGCUCAAGUCAAUGAAAUUGUACUUGUUGGAGGUUCAACAAGAAUUCCAAAGAUCCAGAAACUUCUUCAAGAUUUCUUCAAUGGUAAAGAACUCAACAAGAGUAUUAACCCAGAUGAAGCUGUUGCUUACGGUGCAGCUGUUCAAGCUGCAAUCCUUAAUGGUGAUAAGGAUGAAACAGUAAAAGAUUUACUACUUCUUGAUGUAACUCCACUAUCUCUUGGUAUUGAAACUGCUGGUGGAGUAAUGACUGCACUGAUUAAGCGAAACACCACCAUUCCAACUAAAACAUCUCAAAUAUUCACUACUUACUCAGAUAAUCAACCUGGUGUACUAAUUCAAGUAUACGAAGGUGAAAGAGCAAUGACCAAAGACAAUAAUCUUUUGGGUAAAUUUGAAUUAACCGGUAUUCCUCCAGCUCCUCGAGGUGUUCCACAAAUUGAAGUUACCUUCGAUAUCGAUGCCAAUGGUAUAUUAAAUGUAUCAGCAGUCGAUAAGAGUACCGGCCGAGAAAACAAAAUUACCAUCACCAAUGAUAAAGGACGUCUUUCUAAGGAACAAAUUGAAAAGAUGGUUAACGAAGCUGAAAAAUAUAAAGAAGAUGACGAAAAAGUUAAAGAACGAGUUGCUGCUAAGAAUGGCUUAGAAAGUUAUGCUUUCAGUAUGAAACAGACUAUGGAAGAGCCUAACAUCAAAGAUAAAGUGCCUGAAGAAGACCGCAAAAAAGUUGCUGAUAAAGUUGAUGAAGUUUUAAAAUGGUUAGAUGCUAAUCAAUUGGCAGAGAAGGAGGAAUUCGAGUUUAAACAAAAAGAAUUACAAGAACUUUGUAAUCCAAUCAUUACUAAAAUGUAUCAAGGUGCCGGUGGAGCUCCUGGUGCUGGAGGUAUGCCCGGUGGAAUGCCUGGUGGCUUCCCAGGAGGUGCUCCCGGUGGAGCUCCAAAAUCAGGUGGACCUGGUGGACCUACUAUUGAAGAAGUAGAUUAGAUCUGUUGCUAUUUUACAUUUCAUUUUUUUACAUAGAUUUCAAUGUUUUCAUUUACUUUUCAAAGAAAGUGCUUGUCAAAUGUCGCUUAAAAUUUAAAAAUAUGUUCAUUUGAAUCUAAACUAAACCCACCAUGUAUUUAUUGAUUUCAUUGUUAAUUAAAUAACUCUUAAAAUUAAA